AUGGCGGACGGUAUUGACAGACGCGCCGAUGACCGGAUGGAGUUCAACACCUCGAAAGAGGUCACUGUUGCUCCUACCUUCGAGGACAUGCACCUGAAGGAAAGCUUGCUUCGUGGUAUCUACGCUUAUGGCUAUGAGUCUCCCUCGGCUGUUCAGUCUCGCGCGAUUGUUCAGAUCUGCAAAGGUCGCGAUACCAUUGCCCAGGCGCAAUCUGGUACUGGUAAGACAGCUACGUUCUCGAUCAGUAUCCUUCAGGUUAUCGAUACCGUUGUCCGCGAAACUCAGGCUCUCGUUCUGUCCCCCACCCGCGAACUUGCCACCCAGAUUCAGUCCGUGAUCAUGGCUCUCGGAGACUACAUGAAUGUUCAAUGUCACGCUUGUAUCGGAGGUACAAACAUCGGAGAGGAUAUUCGAAAGCUCGACUACGGCCAGCACGUUGUCUCAGGAACGCCGGGUCGAGUCGCCGACAUGAUCCGCAGACGCCACCUGCGCACCCGGCACAUCAAGAUGCUGGUGCUCGAUGAAGCCGACGAACUUUUGAACCGCGGUUUCCGCGAGCAGAUCUACGACGUCUACCGUUACCUUCCCCCGGCCACCCAGGUCGUUGUCGUCUCUGCCACCCUCCCCUACGAUGUGCUCGAUAUGACCACCAAGUUCAUGACCGACCCGGUGCGCGUCUUGGUCAAGCGUGACGAGUUGACGCUCGAAGGAAUCAAGCAGUACUUCAUCGCCGUCGAGAAGGAAGAGUGGAAGUUCGAUACGUUGUGUGACCUCUACGAUACCCUGACCAUCACGCAAGCCGUUAUCUUCUGCAACACCCGCCGCAAGGUCGACUGGCUUACCGACAAGAUGCGCGAGGCCAACUUCACCGUUUCCAGCAUGCACGGAGAGAUGCCGCAGAAGGAACGUGACAGCAUCAUGCAAGAUUUCCGCCAGGGUAAUUCGCGGGUGCUGAUUUCCACCGAUGUGUGGGCUCGUGGUAUCGAUGUGCAGCAAGUCUCCCUGGUCAUCAACUACGACCUCCCCACCAACCGUGAGAACUACAUCCACCGUAUCGGUCGUAGCGGUCGUUUCGGCAGAAAGGGUGUCGCCAUCAACUUCGUCACCAGCGACGAUGUGCGCAUUCUCCGCGACAUUGAAUUGUACUAUUCCACUCAAAUUGACGAGAUGCCUAUGAACGUUGCCGACCUCCUUUCCUAA